AUGGUUUCCGUUAUUUCCAAGAAGAGAAAGCUAGUAGCUGACGGUGUUUUCUACGCCGAAUUGAACGAAUUCUUCACCAGAGAAUUGGCCGAGGAAGGUUACUCUGGUGUCGAAGUGCGUGUCACCCCAACCAAGACCGAAGUCAUCAUCAGAGCCACCAGAACCCAGGAUGUCCUUGGUGAGAACGGUAGAAGAAUCAACGAAUUGACCUUGUUGGUGCAAAAGAGAUUCAAGUACCAGCCUGGAUCCAUCGUUCUGUACGCCGAGAGAGUCCAGGACCGUGGUUUGUCCGCUGUUGCCCAAGCCGAAUCUAUGAAGUUCAAGUUGUUGAACGGUUUGGCCAUCAGAAGAGCCGCCUACGGUGUCGUCAGAUACGUCAUGGAGUCCGGUGCCAAGGGUUGCGAGGUUGUCAUCUCCGGUAAGCUAAGAGCUGCCAGAGCCAAGUCCAUGAAGUUUGCCGACGGUUUCUUGAUCCACUCCGGUCAACCAGUCAACGACUUCAUCGACACUGCCACCAGACACGUCUUGUUGAGACAAGGUGUCUUGGGUAUCAAGGUCAAGAUCAUGAGAGAUCCAGCUAGAAACAGAGCUGGUCCAAGAGCUUUGCCAGACGCUGUUAACAUCUUGGAGCCAAAGGACGAGGAACCAAUCUUGGAACCAUCCGUCAAGGACUACAGACCAGCCCCAGUUGCCACUGAGGAGGCUCCAGCCGCUGAGCAAGCUCCAGUUGAAGCUUCUGCUUAA